AUGAAAUAUAACCCUGGUUCUGGGUGCAAUGUUGUUGUUGAUGGUAUUGACAGCCCAGAGCCACCCUUGUUCAUAAGAAUGUUCAUUUGUUUAAGGCCACUUAGAGAUGGUUUUGCAAAAGGUUGUAGGCCAUUAAUAGGGUUGGAUGGGUGUCACCUCAAAGGUGCCUAUCCUGGGCAAAUUCUGGUGGCAGUGGCUAAGGAUGGGAAUAGCAACUUAUUUCCUCUAGCUUGGGCUACAGUGGAGAUAGAAAACCAAGAAACUUGGGGUUGGUUCUUGGAAUCACUUAUGGAAAUGUUUAAACAUGAUCAAGGAGCUAGGCUAACCAUCAUGUCUGACAGGCAAAAGGGUUUAAUUACAGCAAUGGUUGAUGUUGUUCCCAAAGCAGAACAAAGGUUUUGUGUUAGGCAUAUUUGGGCUAACUUCAAGUUCAAAUUUGGUGGAUCAACCUUCAAGGAGCUAUUUUGGAGUGCAGCCAGGGCUACCACUUAUUAUGUCAUUGCAUAUUGUCAGUUUGAGUACGAAAUUGCCAUGGAGUCUAUCAAACUCCUUGAUGAAGAGGCAUAUGAGUAUUUACUCAACAUUCCCACCAUUCAUUGGUGUAGACAUGCAUUUACACCAAAGUGCAAGUCCAACAUGCUAUUGAACAACAUUUAUGAGACUUUCAAUGCAGUAAUUAAGCCUACCAGAGAUAAACCUAUCCUCACCCAAAUGGAAUGGAUGAGGAGGAUAGACUUUGUGGCUAGGUCCUGUGUGGUGCAACCAUCAAGAGGGAAUACAUUUGAGGUGCAGCUGAAGGAUGACCAGGUGUUGGUUGAUUUAAAGAAAGAGACCUACACAUGUUACCAUUGGGAACUCACUAGCAUUCCUUGUGUUCAUGCUUAUGCAUGCAUAUUGGACAUGAGGGGUGACAUAGAGGCAUAUGUUGACCCAUACUAUACCAUGGACACAUACAGGGCUACUUAUGAACCAGUUAUCCAACCAAUGCCUGGUCCCAAGCACUAG